AUGGCGUCUAACGUCCACGGCGGCGGUGGCAGCGGUGGUGCUCAUACGCAACCAUCACUGCCCUCAUUGCCUGCCCACCUUCAGUCCGACACGCAGAUCACGGCGCACCUCGCCAGUCGAUUCCAUGUCAACAUUCCCACGGCACAGCUGUCCUCUCACGCCCUCAUCUCCCUCAACACCUACACGUCGUCCACCAAGGGCCACGAUGGGGGCAAGGAGGGGAGUGCCAUGGCUGGGGCCGAGGACAUGGCCCACAGAGCCUUCAUCAGGCUGGGCCACCGCUCUGAGAACCAAGCCAUCCUGUUUCUUGGUGAAUCUGGCUCUGGCAAGACCACCGUGCGAUCACACAUCCUUACCGCCCUCCUGAACAAAACCUCCACGCCUCUCUCCAACAAGGUCUCCUUGGCUGCGUACGUUUUCGACACCCUGACGACCACCAAGACCGCCACCACGCCAACUGCCUCCAAGGCUGGUCUCUUUUACGAACUGCAGUACGACACAUCCUCCUCGACGCAUCCGGAGCUUAUUGGUGGUAAGCUGCUUGACCACCGUCUCGAACGGAGUAGGAUCGCAGAAGUACCAACCGGAGAGCGGAAUUUCCACGUGCUCUACUAUCUUCUCGCUGGAACCAGCGGUGCUGAAAAGCAGCAUCUUGGUCUUGACCAGCCUGGCGGUGCUGGUCAAAAGAGAUGGAGGUACCUCGGUCAUCCCACGCAGCUCAAGGUCGGCAUCAACGACGUUGAGGGCUUUCAGCUCUUCAAGACGGCCCUGAGGAAGCUCGAAUUCGCAAGGGGCGAGAUCGCAGAGAUAUGCCAGAUUCUAGCAACUAUCCUGCACAUUGGCCAGCUUGAAUUCGAGACGUCCAACAGCACAACAGUUACGGGAGACGAUAGCGGUGGCUUCUCCCACGAGGGUGGUCAGACCUCGACCACAGUCAAGAACAAGGAUGUUCUCAGCAUCGUGGCGGCUUUCCUGGGAGUAAGCCAGCAAGACCUACAGACAACCCUGGGCUACAAGACCAAGAUUAUCCACAAGGAGAGGGUCACUGUCAUGCUGGAUCCUGCUGGGGCUCGAUCCAACGCCAACGAGCUCGCCAGGACUUUGUACUCGUUGCUUGUUGCGUACGUCAUUGAGAACAUCAACCAGAGGAUAUGUGCCCCCGAGGAGUCCAUUGCCAACACUGUCUCCAUUGUGGAUUUCCCCGGUUUCAUCCAGCAAUCCUCCACCCACUCCACGAUUGACCAGCUUCUCAACAACGCUGCCACGGAAGCUCUGUACAACCUGACAUUGAAGAAUUUCUUUGACAACAAGGCGGAGCUGCUCGAGAGCGAGGAGGUGUCUGUCGCGGCAACAAGUUAUUUCGACAACUCAGACGCCACCAAAGGGCUUCUGAAACCUGGAAAUGGCUUGCUGGGCAUCCUUGAUGACCAGACUCGGCGUCACCGCGCCGACAUUCAGCUGUUGGAGAGCCUGAGGAAACGGUUCGAGGGCAAGAACCCAGCCAUCUCUGUCAGUUCUGCCACCGCCAGACUUCCAGGCAGCAACUUCCUGUCCGAGAAUGCUGCCGCGUCAUUCACUGUCAGGCACUUUGCUGGAGAGGUCGAAUAUCCUGUCAAGGGCCUGGUGGAAGAGAACGGUGAGGUCAUCUCUGGCGAUUUGCUCAAUCUGAUCAACUCGACCAAGAGCGACUUUGUAGCACGUCUGUUUGGUCAGGAGGCUCUGCAAACCGUUGUGCACCCGCAGGAGCGAACUGCUGUUAUGCAGGCCACCGUCAGCUCAAAGCCCACCCGUGCUCCAAGCGUCAUGUCGAGGAAGAACAGGUACCGCCCUGGCACAGUGAAGCGCCCUGGGACUGCCUUCACCGCGGCUCAUGAGGAGUCUGAGAAGGUGGAAGAAGAGUCCAGCGAGCCAAAGCGAAGCAUUCGCCACAGCGAGCAAGGCGCGUCCGGCCAAUUUUUGUCUGCUCUGGACAAUGUGACCAAAUCCAUCACUGCGCCUGGUACCAAUGCGUACUUUGUCUUCUGUCUCAAGCCCAACGACAGGAGGAUCGCAAACCAGUUCGAUAGCAAGUGUGUGCGGACACAGGUGCAGACCUUUGGCAUCGCCGAGAUCAGCCAACGCCUCCGCUCGGCAGACUUCACCGUGUUUCUGCCCUUUGCUGAGUUCCUCGGCCUGGCUGACGCGGACACUAUCCUCGUUGGCAGCGAACGGGAGAAGGUCGAGCUGGUUGUUGAGGAGAAGCGGUGGCCGAGCAAUGAGGUGCAAGUAGGCUCAACCGGUGUCUUCCUCAGCGAACGCUGCUGGAUGGAGAUGAACAACUUUGCCGAGGUUGAAUCUAGAGGAUAUCGACUGCCGUCAGAUGCAGGUGACAAUCUUACCCCUGGUGGCACUCCAGGCGACCCAUUCGCCGCUUCGAAGGAACGCUUGCUCUCUGCAAGUAACACACCUGGCUACAACGACAAGACCAAGUCUGGGUACUUUGGCAGCGACGAUGUGGAUGCCCGCUCAGAUGCAGGAGUGUCCGCAAUAGGCGGCGGCGACAUGUUCAAGAACCUCGAGACUCGCGAGGAGAUGGCACAGAAGAGCAACGAGAAGACCAUGGAGGAGGUCGAGGAAUUCAGGGACAGCGGUACUCGAAAGCGCUGGGUCUUCUUCGUCUUCCUCCUAACCUGGUGGGUGCCCGACUUCCUCGUCCGCAUUAUGGGCAAAAUGCCUCGAAAGGAUGUGCGCAUGGCCUGGCGAGAAAAGUUGGCGAUCAACAUGAUCAUCUGGUUCAGCUGCUUGAUCGCUAUAUUUUUCACCAUCGCCUUGCCCCAAAUUAUCUGCCCCAAGCAGAAUGUGUACAGCUCUGCCGAACUCACGGAUUACAACGGCAAGAACGGCAAGGGCAUGUACGUCGCUAUUCGUGGUAUCGUCUUCGACCUGGACGCCUUCAUGCCGACGCACUAUCCAUCUUACAUUUCCGAUACGAUCAUGGAGAAAUUCGCCGGUCAGGAUGUUACCGAUCUGUUCCCAGUCCAGGUGUCAGCACUGUGUCAGGGCGUUGAUGGCACCGUUGACCCAGCUGUGAUGCUGGACUACACGUCGACCAACUUCACAGGUUCUGCGAGCACCACCAGUAUUACCUCUCUGUACGCCAAGUAUCACGACUUCCGGUACUUCCAGAACGACAGUCGUCCAGACUGGUUUGCGGAGCAAAUGAUCAGGCUCAAGCAAGGCGGCUACAAGAAGGGCAACAUCGGCUACACGCCCGAGUACAUUCAGAAACAGGGCAAGAAAGGGAAGUCUGUCGGCAUCAUCGGCUCGCGCAUUUACGACAUGACUAAGUAUGUCGCCGGCGGCCGGCGCAUGAAAGCCCCUAUCGGGGAAGAUGUACCAUCGGAUGGCGAUCUCGUCAACUUCAUGGACCAACUCGUGGUUGACCUCUUCCAACAAAGGGCUGGCUCAGAUGUCACUAAGCUGUGGGACGCCUUGGCCAUUGACACCGCCACGAAAUCACGAAUGAAGUUGUGUCUGGACAACCUCUUCUAUAUCGCAGACGUCGACACCAGGAACUCUGUUAAAUGUCAGUUCGCCAACUACCUGAUCCUGGCUGUGUCUAUUCUUCUCUGCGCCAUUAUUGGAGUCAAGUUCCUCGCCGCCUUGCAAUUUGGCGGAAACAACGUGCCAGAGAAUCUGGACAAAUUCAUCAUGUGUCAGAUUCCGGCUUACACGGAAGACGAGGACUCCCUACGACGUGCCAUCGACUCAGCUGCUCGUAUGCGUUACGACGAUAAGCGCAAGUUGCUUGUUGUCAUUUGUGACGGCAUGAUUAUCGGACAAGGCAACGACAGGCCCACGCCUCGUAUUGUUCUGGAUAUUCUUGGAGUCUCGGAGACUGUCGACCCUGAGCCGCUCAGCUUCGAGUCCCUCGGUGAAGGUAUGAAACAGCACAACAUGGGCAAGGUCUAUUCUGGCCUGUACGAGGUUCAGGGCCACAUCGUUCCCUUCAUGGUCGUGGUCAAAGUGGGCAAGCCUUCUGAGGUCUCCCGUCCGGGCAACCGUGGCAAGCGAGACUCGCAAAUGGUCAUCAUGCGCUUCCUCAACCGUGUCCACUACAAUCUGGCUAUGAGCCCAUUGGAGUUGGAAAUGUACCAUCAAGUGCGGAACAUCAUCGGCGUCAAUCCCACCUUUUACGAAUUCCUCCUGCAGAUGGACGCAGAUACCGUCGUCGCUCCGGACUCUGCUACCCGCUUCGUCUCUUCCUUCUUGGAUGAUACCCGCCUCAUCGCUGUUUGCGGCGAGACCGCCCUCACCAAUGCCAAGAGCUCUUUCGUCACCAUGAUCCAGGUCUACGAGUACUACAUCUCGCACAAUCUGGUCAAGGCCUUCGAAAGUCUGUUUGGCUCUGUCACCUGUCUGCCUGGUUGUUUCACCAUGUACCGUAUCCGCGCCGCUGAUUCGGGCAAGCCACUCUUCGUCAGCCGAGAGGUCGUUGAGCAGUACUCGACGAUUCGUGUGGAUACCCUGCACAUGAAGAACCUUCUCCACCUGGGUGAGGAUCGAUACCUGACGACACUACUCCUGAGGCAUCACCAGCAGUACAAGACCAAGUACAUGAUGAAGGCACACGCAUGGACCAUCGCCCCCGACUCCUGGACAGUUUUCCUUUCGCAGAGACGUCGUUGGAUCAACUCCACGGUGCACAACUUGAUGGAGCUCAUGCCCAUGAACCAGCUCUGCGGUUUCUGCUGCUUUAGCAUGCGAUUCAUCGUGUUCAUGGACCUGCUGACCACCGUCGUGCAGCCUGUCACAAUUGCAUACAUUGUCUAUCUGAUCGUUCUCCUCAGCAUAGACGCUACCGUGGUGCCCAUGACAGCUUUCAUCAUGCUUGGUGCUAUCUACGGUCUGCAGGGCAUCAUCUUCAUUGUUCGUCGCAAGUGGGAGAUGAUUGGGUGGAUGCUGCUCUACAUCUGUGCAGUCCCCGUAUACUCCUUUGCUCUCCCUCUGUACGCUUUCUGGCACAUGGACGACUUCAACUGGGGUAACACUCGUGUCAUUGCCGGUGAGAAGGGCAAGAAGGUCGUCAUCUCCGACGAGGGCAAGUUCGACCCGGCCUCCAUUCCCCGCAAGAAGUGGGAGGAGUACCAAGCCGAGCUCUGGGAUGCUCAGACAGCUCGCGACGACGUUCGCUCCGAGGUCUCUGGCUACAGCUAUGCGACCAAGGCUGGUCCCAAUGUCGGUGUGUCAGAGUAUGGAUGGGGUGGUUACACACCAUCGCGCCCCGGCUCUGUCGUCAACUACGGCCACGGGCCGUACAACGGCUCUGGUGACCUCAAGGUGCCCCUGACUGGCUCCCAGAGCCGCCUGAGCUUUGCGGCCAGCGAGAUGAUGGGUGGCAACACCCCUGCGAACCGCCAGAGCCAGUUUGGUGGCAGCCAGUUCUUCGGCGGCAGCCAGAACGACCUCGAGAUGAGCAACCUCGCCGGCAUGCCCGGCGAUGAUGCGCUUCUCGCGGAGAUUCGUGAGAUCCUGCGCACUGCGGAUCUCAUGACCGUGACCAAGAAGGGCGUGAAGCAGGAGCUUGAGAGGAGGUUCGGCGUCCCGCUCGAUGCCAGAAGGGCGUAUAUCAAUUCUGCCACCGAGGCGUGCCUUUCCGGGCAGCUGUAG